AUGGCGGCCCUCACCGUCGCCUCCUCCCUCCCCGCACGCCUAGCCCCGCGCGCCGUCGCGCGCACCUCCGCUCUCGCGUCCUCCCGCGCCGACACUGGCGCAUGCUGUCCGCCUAUCCGCGCAUCCAGUCUCCGCGUCCCCCGCACUCCUCAGACCAUCACUCGGCAAACGCGGACUCCGCGAUUGGUCGUUGCGGCCGCGGGCGACAGGGCGGCGGUGGACUGGGCGGCGGUGCGGACGACGGACCAUCUGACGGUGGGCGACUGCAUGUCGGCCGGCAAGCUCGUGUGCGCGCAGCCCUCCACCACCGUCGAUCAAGCGCUGGAGCUGCUGGUGGAGCACCGCAUCACGGGCAUGCCCGUGGUGGACGCGGAGGGACGCCUGGUGGGCGUGGUGUCGGACUAUGACCUCCUCGCCCUCGACUCCAUCUCCGGUGUGGGGUCAUCCGGGCCGUCCUCCUCGCUCUUCCCCGAGGCCGGCAGCACGUGGAAGGCGUUCAGGGAGAUUCAGAAGCUGCUGAUAAAGACGAGGGGGCGGGUGGUGGCGGACGUCAUGACGCCCCACCCGCACACCGUGCACCCCUCCACCAACCUCGACCAGGCCGCCAGGAUGCUGUUGGAGAAUCAGCACCGCCGGCUGCCUGUGGUGGACGACAACGGCAAACUG